CGGAACCUCACCAACAUCGUCGGCGCGAGGGCCCAUGCGGCGAAGUCCGAGAAAUCGAGUUUGCCUAGCACAGUCAGUGAUGUCAAGAAGGGGUCUUUGGCGAGCCUUCGCAAUUUGAACACAGAACGAGUUUCUGUCCCAAAACCAACUUCUGGCCAUUUUGAUCAAGCAAUACCACAUCGAGGCAGUACCCUUCAGAAAGAAUUAGUUUGUUGCCCAUAUCGGCCCACCACUGUGCCGUCAUUGGGGCACCAUGACUGUUCACCUGGCUUAUCUGACAAUUCUAUGUCUACGGGAGAUGCUAUGUCAACAAGUGAUUCGACGGAAGGCCUUGUUAUUGAUUUCCUUGACGAUGGGGACUCCUUAGUGGAAUCUUCCUUGCAACAUCUGGCAGAUGAUAAGCUUCAUAUCUCCGACAAUAGGGAUGCUCCAGAUAUGGCAUCCAACUGGACAUACCACGGUUCUAAUUCUGUAGAAAUUGAUUAUAUCGUUGAUAUUGACAACAAUCAUGAGGAUCCGCAGCUGUGUGCAACUCUUGCUUUUGACAUUUACAAGAACUUGCAUGUGGCUGAGACCAAGAAAAGGCCUUCAACAGAUUUUCUGGAAACCAUUCAGAAGAGCAUUGACACAAGCAUGAGGGCAGUGUUAAUAGAUUGGCUUGUGGAAGUCACAGAAGAAUACCGGCUUGUACCUGAAACAUUAUACCUCACAGUCAAUUACAUUGACCGGUAUCUCUCUCUCAAGGUGAUCAAUCGGCAGAGAAUGCAAUUACUUGGUGUCGCAUGCUUGCUUAUAGCUGCUAAGUAUGAAGAGAUAUGCCCACCCCAAAUAGAAGAGCUGUGCUAUAUUACUGACAAUACAUACACUAAGGAUGAGGUUUUGAAAAUGGAAGCUUCUGUCCUGAAGUACUUGAAGUUUGAGAUGACUGCACCUACAGCAAAAUGCUUUUUAAGGAGAUUUCUACGAGCAGCUCAAGUAUGUUGUGAGGCUCCAGUUUUGCAUCUUGAGUUCCUAUCUAAUUACAUUGCUGAGCUAUCACUUCUGGAGUACAGCUUAAUUUGCUAUGUACCGUCACUGAUAGCUGCGUCUUCUAUUUUCUUGGCAAAGUUUAUCCUUAAGCCAACAGAGAAUCCUUGGAAUUCAACACUUUGUUUUUACACACAAUACAAACCAUCCGACUUGCGCGAUUGUACAAAAGGACUACAUCGGCUUUUCUUGGUUGGCCCUGGAAGCAACCUUCGAGCAGUUAGAGAGAAAUACAGUCAGCACAAGUACAAAUUUGUAGCGAAGAAGUACUCUCCACCAUCAAUUCCAGCUGAGUUCUUCCAAGAUCCAAGCAGUUAAAACUUAAAAGCCCGAUUAGCCCAGAAUGCUAGGCUGAUCUGUACAGGUUGCUCAUACGCAAGGCAAGCACACGCGAUGCGCCCUUAUGUCAGAAGAUUGUUUUAGAUUGUACAUUGUAGAUGAAGUGGUUGAGCUGUACUCAUUUGUCUACCCACCGCAAGUCGCUGGCGGUGACAUUUCUUACGCCCUCUGUCCUGCACUGUAUCCAUUUUUGCAUGGUCAUCCUAGUUUGUGAAUCCAAACUUGUUUGAUAUGACUAUUAAACAAAAUGGAUUACUGGACAAAAAGAUAAAUGCCUAAGGCCUAAGGGCACGUGAAGUCUUAAGUAUUUGUCCUUCCAUUGCUCAUUCGGGAA